AUGCACGCCGUCAUCGAACGGGUGCUUCAACAACGACAAUUACAGACCGCCUCGCAACUUUUCGCCAUCUCCGACUACGAUGUGAUCUCAGAUUUGCAUGCUGUUUUUGCCCGAAUCAAGGAAAUUUUAAAUGAAAGAGAAUAUGCGAAGAAGAAAGAUGAUCAGAGUGUUGUUGAAUUGUUGCUGGCGAGGAUACUCACCGCAAUUAGGGAAACUAACUCAAUCGAGACCUAUUGUGCCGAACUGGUGGAUGUGCUCGAUUGCUGCUUGAGGCAUCCGAUGUCGUUAAGGUCGGGCGAAAAAUCGUACACCGAGAUGCGUGCCGGCACGCGAGACUCGGCUCAUUGCAAGAUUGCCCUCGAGAUUCUCUCCUCUCUGUUUAUGCACUACUCCAAGAAAUCGGUGAUGACGCUGGCGAUUCCGUUGGCGAUCAAGGCUCUCUCGUGCAACAAUUCGGAUUUGAGUCGAAACGUGAUCUCGUACAUCUCGUUGUCAGCUGUGCAUUGUGAGCGGGUACUCGCCCAAUAUGCCAUCCAAAUCGUUGCGCAUAUCGUUGGAGGCAACUACGCACUCCUUAAAGUCCUCCCGCAGAUCUACUCGGACAAUCGGGAAGCAUUGCACGCGCAUUUACCCCAAUUGAUGAGACUCCUCGAGCAAUCAGACUUGACGUUGGAGGAGAAGCGCUCGCUACUACAAUUCGCCUCGCGCGUCGCCGCCAACAACGCUGAACUGCUCAUCCCCUACCUGCCGAGACUUAGCCCAUUCUUGUCGAAAAUGGCCACAUGUCUCCCCGUUUUGCACAUCUAUCAACCACUUUGCUCACAAGGGAAAGCUCGUUUGUUAUCCGAUCUGAUCCCGGUUCUUCACGACGCGACUGCGGACAUUUCACUGCAUUGUCACGUUCCAGCUAUUGUUAAUGUGAUCUCGAUGAUCGGCCGUUCCUCGAGCAGCCUCAUGCAUCCAGCGCUCGACUCUCUUGUUUCAAUCGCUCGCCGAGUCGAUGUCGUCUAUGCCCCCACUGUGCUCACCGAGAUUGAAACUUUGGGCACUCUGUCGCCAAAUUCGCUGAAAGUUUUCGCUCAACGCGUUCACUCGGUCGGUUUGAGAGCGCCACAUUUGAAAACCGCUUGCGAAAGGAUCGUCAACUUGGCCAGCACAGCUCCCGAGGAAGUGACAGUAAUUGCGAUCCGCGGUGGUCCCUCGAACGAGUCGUUGCCCCGGAAAGCACAGAGUCGAUACGAUAAUCUGAAUCGCGAGAGCGCAAGAACGCUGAUCACCGUUGGAGAAAGCCCGGCACCGUCACAAACGGCCGAGGAGUUGGAUAAGAAUACUGAGGAGCUGGCUAGUCUCUACCACCGACCGAGCAGCUCAAGUCUCAACAAGUCGAGGAGUCACACGAGUAUCCUAGCUGGGCAAAGUCAGCGAUCCAAUUCGGAGCUCGGCUUCAACUCGAGGGAUCUCUCGGCGUCGAGCAUCGCCGGACCAUCGAAAGCCCCGUCAACGACUUCUACUCCGCAACAAGCCCAAACUCUGCCCGCCACUCUUACCGAGAAAGUUUAUAUCGGUAAAGACGGCCGAGUGAGGCCAAUCAUUGGAAGGCGGUCGAACUUCGCACCGUUUGAGACAACGUUCCCCGCCAGUUCGGCCGUACCAAUCACCACCAUUCCUUACAUGAUUACAAGUGCUAUUGAAGAAGAGCCGGUCUCUGAAGAACCAGCCGAGCCAUGGAAAGAUCCGAAAUCGAUUGAUCGAGGCGAUGUGGUGCGACAAUUCGUCGAUCAUCGCCGGAGACACAUUAGACGUUUUAUCGAUGAGAUUGCCGCGCGAAUGCCGAUACCUAUUCAGUGCACUGUGGAAGGGGGAAAGGGUUCAAAACACCGCAUGAAGAUCCAUUUCUCGUGUCAGGUGCGCUCGACAUACUGUAGCUUCCACGCGGACAACAAAUAUGCGAUAAAAACGAGAAAUGAGACGUCAUGGUUGCAUCUCAUGUUUUUACAGAUGGAAGCGUCAUCUUUAUCACAAACGGGUGAAGUCUUAUCCCAAUCCUCAUCUCCUUACCGUACCCUAUCAAAUUGUUGGGAUCAUCUGCCCCAAUCGGUCACAAAAGGACGCCCAUUUGUCACUCUUGUCACCAGCGCUUUCCCACAUACAAAAGAUCAAGAGAAAUUGCUCAAAGAAUUGGAAGAGAAUGCGGUUUGGGGUUUCUUUGAGAUCGAUCCGGUUACAUCGAAAUGGGCAUGUCUCAGCUGUGCGCACCCGGAUCGAGUCAGGCCAUUUCUCGAGGAGAAAGUCCUUUGCGGUGAACUGAAAGAAAAGAAAGGUCGAUGGAGAUUCCUGAAGCGAUGGCACACCAAAUUUUUCACCCUCUCCACCGCGGCGCUCACCUAUUCGAAUGGAAAUGAUGAGGAAAGGAAAAAGAAUCACUCCGGCGCGCCGUCGAUCGAUUUGCGCUCAAUUCGAGCCGUUCGCAGUUUAUCGCGUGGGAACAAAAAGCGGAAAAGUCUCCGAAAAGCGUUCGAGAUUUGGACACAAGAGAAUAAGACCUACGUGUUGAAGGCAAACGACGAACGCAAAGCUGAAGAGUGGCUUCAAUGCCUCCAAGUGGCCAUCGCUAACAUUCACCGCGGUGAUGAUGUUCAAACGGCCACCCUU